CAUAAUUUUAAGGAUUUAACAAGAAAUACGAGUAUAGAAGACAUAAACGGUGUGUCAAUGCCUGCCAUGACAAUUUUUGGCAUGUCAAUUCGCUACCUUAGAAAUCAUCUGUUGAAACGCCUGGAAAAAGAAGAGCCAUGGAUCAAAGAGAGUGAUAUCAAGUAUGUUUUAACAGUGCCUGCUAUAUGGAAAGAAAACGCCAAACAAUUCAUGCGUAAGGCAGCGGUUGAGGCUGGCAUACAAAGCUCCAAUCUGAAACUAGCGUUAGAGCCUGAGGCCGCGUCUAUUUGGUGUCAAAUUGCAACAGAUGAGGCAAGGACUAUGUUAUCUAAAGCAGGGACACAAUACAUGGUGAUUGAUCUUGGAGGAAGUUUUGUAGAUAUAUCUGUACAUGAAAAGCAAAUUGAUGGGUCAGUAAAAGAGAUACAUAAGCCUAGUGGAGGAUCGUUUGGUGGAACUCAAAUUGACGACAACUUCUUGCAAUGGCUCACAAAAUUAUUUGGCAAAUCUACCAUGGAAAAUUUUAAAAGUGAGAACAUGUUAAAUUAUAAAAAUUUGCUUCGUGAUAUCGAGAUAAAGAAAAAACUCAUGCGACCAGACAAUAAAAGCAUUGCGUUUUAUUUUGGUAAUAGGCUUUUACAAUUGUAUAAAGAAAACGAGGAUAUACCAAUCGAGGAGAAGGCUGCUGCUCUUGGACUUAAGCAUAAAUUAAAACUUUAUUCAGACAAGCUUACAGUAGACGCUUCUGUUAUCAAGGAGUGGUUUGAUUCGCCAAUACGAGAGAUGAUAUCACAUGUAAAAGACAUUCUUGCUGAGUCAAAUAUGAAAAAUGUAAAAAUUAUUCUGUUAGUUGGAGAGUUUAGUGAAAGUGACAUAGUUUAUGAAACAAUGCGUGAAAACUUUCAAAAACCCUUCACAAUCAUAAGGCCACCUGAGGCAAGUUUAGCUAUUCUUAAAGGAGCGGUAAGUAUUGGUCACCCACCGGCUACAAUAGGUUGCAGAAUAAUCACUUACAAACGCGGAUUGAUGAACGAUUUUGAUAAGAGUAUAAAUCAUUUCUUUUUAUCAUUUUACCUAUUUUUAUUUUAUUUUACUUUGAAGUUUAUAUUUAUUUUUUGUCUUCAUAUAGUUUAUUUUCGUCGUCAUUAGGUAAAUAUAGGUCGAGGGAGGCCGACAGUGUUUGUAUCAUUCAAUACAUUUUUACGAAGGAUGAUCAAAAAUAAACUUGAUAGAUGA